CAUAUGAUAUGAGAGAGCACUAUUUUUCUGGGCUCCUAAAAAGAAAAAAAAAAGCUCAGUAAGCUAAAUAAUCUCUACCACAGAAGAAUCUAGAACCAGACAGAGAGAGACUCAGAGAGAGAGAUACCGAGAGAGAGAGAUAAAGAGAGAGAGAGAGAUGAAGGAGAUGCAGGCAAUAGAGACGUCACAGGGGACGACGACGAACUUGAAGGUUUAGCUGAUCCCAUGAGGAAAGAAGUUGCUUUGGUUAGGAAGAAGAUUGAUUCUGUCAACAAAGAAUUAAAGCCAUUGGGCCAUACGGUUCAGAAAAAGGAACGAGAGUACAAAGAAGCUCUUGAAGCAUUCAACGAUAAGAAUAGGGAGAAGGUGCAGCUCAUCACCAAGCUUAUGGAGUUGGUGGGAGAAAGCGAAAAGAUGAGAAUGAAGAAGCUGGAAGAGCUAAGCAAGAACAUAGAUUCCAUACACUGACUUUGAAUCCAAGAGAGAAGCAAAACUUCUUGGGACAGAGAUCAUUCUCUGAGUGUUUUAACUCUACGUUUAGGUUUGGGGGGUGGUGGUGAAUGUAAUUUAUAUUUUAUAAUCGUCGUGUGUUAUAUUACUACUACACUACUAUCAUUAUCUUUGUUAGGGGUUUCUUGGAGAUUUAUAAGGGUAAUGUUUUUUUAGGAAGUAACUUCGAAAAAUACUCUCAUCAAGACAGGUUUGUAACUAAACACUUCUUUUUCUUCUUCUUUUCUCUGAACACUUUUUCUCUUUAUUAUCCUUUUUUGGAUUGGUUUUACUUUUAUCUAUUUUGAGUCUAAUAUUCUUACA